AGCAACCUGGCAAAAAUCUAGGUUUUCCCUGUCAGAGCGCACGCGCUCUCUCUCUCUCUCUCUCUCUCUCUCUUUCUACUUUUCCAUUGUGUACAUCCCGUAAACAAAACGAAAUUUUCUUUUCCUCGAGAAAAUCUACGGGAUUCGUUCAACUCUGAUUCUCGUCUCGUAGCAUCUAACUGUCUGAUAAAGAGUUAUAAAACGUUCGAAAUUUUUUGAACGUAUACCUUCCAUCUGUCAACAAAAAUGCAGCUUCUCGUAGCAUUAAAGAGAGAGACAGAGCAAAGAAGAUUGAGCGACCGAGCAAGAGAUUUACUGGAAUUCGGGAAUCUCGCGGAAACAAUUUUAUACCCAUUAGCGAUCGAUAUUGUACAGUAUUCAAGAAAAAAAGAGACCUUUCCAUGCAUUCGUCGUUUCGAUAUCUUUUUUGUUUACAUUCGCGUAUCUUGAAACAAAAUAUCUUGGUGAAUCGCACGAUUACGCAAAACGUCGUAUCGCGUGAUAUACCUAUACACGCGUUGGGACGGUCCCAAUCUCGUUGGAAAUACGAUAGUACUGUUAUCGUUACAGCGUCGUUAAUGUUGCUGACAAUCACGGAACGUAGUAUCAAGAUCGGCGACGAGAUGGUUUCUUAAUGUUAUGGUAUCCAUCGAAGGUAUUGUAUCGAGAGUUAACGGUAUUGCAAUUAGGAUCUAUGAGACCCUUUCUGAUUUGUGAAACACGGCUAUCGACCCCGUUAUACGUUCCUCGUGCCAUCGACGAAGCAACAGUUUCUAAUUGUUCCGCUCGGCCACGUAACCUAGCCUAAUCCGAACGGCGCGACUUUCCGUUCGUCGCGCGAAAGGAAGAGGUUAGCGUACCCGUUCGAAUUACAUAACCUCGCGCGGAGGUCGAGACACGGGAUCAUACGGUACCCUUGCGACGUAGCGCAGGUGGCAGAACGCAUUAUGAAUGGCGUAUGAAACGCGGUGCACCAUUUCCUCCUCCUUUUCUCCUCCCUCCGUCGUUCUUCUGUUGUAUUUUCAUGUUUACGCUCACUCGGCAAACGAGCAAAUUAUACGCUACAGUCACCUUAUUAGCUUCCGACACUCGUUCGCGUUUUAUUAUCCCCAUGAUCGUGUCAUUCCGAUUCAAUUUUAUCACGGUAUGUUACUUCUUUGAAAUUUUUCUUCUGCACUAUCGUUUAAUCGCUCGAUUUUUGUUUCCUUUUAUUAGGGCUUAAAUUAUAGCUGGUACGCGCCUAACGUUCGAAGGAAGAAGCGCAACCUAAGUUCGUGGUGCUUAAAGGUUAACGCUUUGAGAUUCUAGUGGUAGUAUUUUUGCCGCAGCAUUUAAAUUGUUCGAGCGUCGUCGUUAGUAAUACUAUUCAGUUGUACAAGGUGUCUCAUAAUUACGGCACGACUAACAAGUUGAACGACCUUCUAUUCGACUAAACAACUAAAGAAGCGUAAAACGAUAUUUCAAAAGUUCGGAAAAUUGUUUUACCUAAAAAUGAUGCGUCGAUAAAUACCGUGUGAGUUCAAUUCGACACGAAGUUACUUAUAUACGAUACAUUCUUAUAUUUUUAUCAAUCCUCUGUGAUCGGUAUCUCGUCUUAUUGCUCAUUCUUUUUUUAAAAACGAUCGAUGCGAUGAAAAAUCCGUGUCUUCUGUUACGUGAUUGUAUGCAUUGAUCUUACACACGCACGACUGGAGUGCUAAUUAUAGGGACGAAAGUGUCCUAAGAAUAUAACGAAUAAUGUCAAUCUAUUAUAAUGAUCCUGCAUUAGUGAAGCAACAUAUUCGUCUUUCGCGUACAGCAUACAUAAGUAUUUCUAAUAAAAAAAUAUAUAUAAUAAAAACGUUAUAAUUUGGACAACGGUCAAUUACUUGCAUAUCGUUCAGUUACAAAUAUCGCUCGAACGAUGAGGAGAUCAAAAAAAGAUAUAGCAGCACGUAUGAUCUCGAUGACAAUAGAUGAAAGUUUUGCAAAAAGCGGUUCAAGGUUUUUAUAAUAAAAGCUACUUAUUUGCCACUUGUUCCCCUUCGAAGUCUAAUCCUAUUUGCGUUUAUUCAGUGCGUGUACCACGACCCCAGCCUUAAUUCGAAAGACCUAUUUUUAGAUCUGUCGUUAAAUUGCUUCUAAUGAGGCCCCUUCCUCGGCUUGACUGGCAUCGAGGAUGCGCUAUUGUGUUCGAACGCUGCUCCAAUCGAGACCGGUUGUCGUUCAAUCAAGUUCACGAUCAAUUAUUAAUCGUUCGCAUCUGUUUGUUUAAUUGAUUCGCGAACGAGCUUCUGUUUCCCUUUUGUAUGCCGACACGCCACGAGACCGAAGAAUGGAACACGUAAUUGACGCCAGAACACCAGAAGAUUCUAAUAGACAUCAGGCGAAAGAAGACGGAGCUGCUACUCGAGAUACAACGGUCCGUCGUCUGAUCCAUGUGGAUCCUGACCCUCGACAUCCAUGACGUCAAGCUCUCGUUGUGGCGGCGGACGAGGAUGGCUCUGCUGGUGCUCGUGCUCCGUUAUCUGGUUCUGCCCUGGCAAACGAGCUCGAAAGCAACUGAAAGAUGAGCUGGGCGAAGUGGUGGCCGAGAUGGAAGCGAUGGAGGGCGGCGGUCUCGCGGCCGACGAGACCAAGCCGUCGAACAAGGCGAAACAGACGUCGAUCGGCCGUAAGAAGUUCAACAUGGACCCUAAGAAGGGAAUCGAGUACCUGAUCGAGCACAAUCUGCUGGCUCCGACGCCCGAGGACGUCGCCCAGUUCCUCUACAAGGGCGAGGGCCUGAACAAAACCGCGAUCGGCGACUACCUCGGCGAACGACACGACUUCAACGAGAGGGUGUUGCGAGCGUUCGUCGAACUGCACGAUUUCACAGACCUGAUCCUGGUACAAGCUCUUCGACAGUUCCUCUGGUCGUUCAGAUUACCCGGUGAGGCGCAGAAGAUCGACCGGAUGAUGGAGUGUUUCGCGCAAAGGUACUGCCAGCUGAACCCGAACAUAUUCACGAACACGGACACCUGUUACGUGCUCAGCUUCGCCAUCAUUAUGUUGAACACGUCGCUGCACAAUCCGAGCGUCAAGGAUAAGCCCAGCGUGGAACAGUUCAUUUCCAUGAACCGUGGCAUCAACAAUGGCGGCGACCUACCUCGCGAACUCCUUGUGAGCUUAUACGAAAGUAUAAAGACGGAACCGUUCAAGAUACCGGAAGACGACGGGAACGAUCUGAUGCACACGUUCUUCAACCCUGACAAGGAAGGCUGGCUCUGGAAGCAAGCAGGCGGACGCUACAAGAGCUGGAAGAGACGAUGGUUCAUAUUAAACGACAACUGUCUGUAUUACUUCGAGUACACGACCGACAAGGAGCCACGAGGCAUCAUUCCGCUGGAAAACAUUCAGGUCAGAGAGGUGCAGGAUCGGCACAAGCCGCAUUGCUUCGAGCUAUACGCCGCCGGCUCCGAGUUCAUCAAAGCGUGCAAGACGGACAGCGAGGGAAAAGUUGUCGAAGGCAAACACACCGUGUACAGAAUGUCUGCGGCCACGGACGAAGAGAAAGAAGAAUGGAUCAAAUGCGUGCGGCAAAGCAUAUCGCACAAUCCCUUCUACGACAUGCUUGCAGCCAGGAAAAAGAAGGCGCAAAAGACAAAUGUACAUUCGAAGAGUUAAACUUUACCAUGGACACAGCUUCUAGAGAAGCCUGGUGAGACACAAGACUGUCUAUUCACGAGCCUACGUCCCUAUCAGGAUCGUGAAAUACAAUCAAACUAAUCUGUACGGAGGUCCAUCCGACUGCGCUGAUUUAGCAGAAGACAUACAGAUGUUCGCUUCACCUGUUGAUGAAUGUUCGUCAACGUAGUUUAAGCGACACGCAAGACACAGGGACAAAUAUGAAAGGAAGGGGAAAACGAUGCUAUUGAUUGAGGAUCGUUCGACAUUAUGUUUUGUAUAAGAAUUUACGCUGCGUUUUAGGGGCCUAGAUGUGUAUUAUUUAAACAGAUUUCGACGAUAGACACGAAACGUUUCCCUAAAAGAUGAACGAGUAGAGAGAGAGAGAGAGAGAGAGAGAGAGAGAGAGGGAGAGAGAGAGAGAGAGGGAGAGAGAGAGAGAGAGAGAGGGAGAGAGAGAGAGAGAGAGAGAGACGUUGAAAGCUGUAGCAACUUUGAAGGUAGUAGACCGUAUACACAUCCAACGAUCUCGUCGACGGUGCUGGACAAGUUCGAAUUAGACGCGAAAAGACUACUUUUUCUUUUCGUAGAAUUCGCAAAAAGAUAGGUAAAAGAUGUUCUGAGGGAAGCUUCGGCGGAAUGUUUGGGGAAGUUCAUAGAAGAAUAUGACGCGUGUAGCUUAUCGAUCGAUGGGAUGAUAGAUUCGUCCAGAACAAAGAAGAGACAAUUUUGGAAAGAGUGAAAUCUUUCUUAUUUUCUGGCAGCUUUAGAGAAUUACCGAAACUCGAUAUUGCUUCGAGCAAUCCAAAUAUGCGUAAAAUAUUUAUUUUAUACGGAACCUUCGCGCGUGACAAUGCCGUUUCGCGUUCUUUGCAAGAAAGAAGAAGAACCGGAGGUUCUUUACCUCCAACCGAAGGUGAUUAGGAAGUGUAAUGGAACAAAGACUUUACAGACAAUUAUAAACGGACAUUAAACGCGAGAACGAAUUGGUAAGACGCGUGCAUUAAUGUGAUAGUUGUGUAUUUAUUUGAGAGAAGAAUGAAAAGUGUAUAGAUAAGACUAGUUCAAAACGUUUCCUCGAUAUGCCAGAAAUCAUCUUAAACUGUACAUUGUCGUACAGUUUGUAAGUAUGGCAUGUUAGCCAAUUACGUGACAGUAGGUUAGAACGAUUUGCGUUUUUUUCGUUUGAAUUAUAUAUAUAUAAAUAUAAAUAUAUACAUAUAUAUAAAUAUACAUAUUACGCACGAGGCGCGUAACUUUGUGCAUUAUAUAUAUCGCAAUAUAAUAGUUAUGAUAGUACGCGAAAGUUGAAUAGUAACUUGAUAAGAUCCAAUUAAGAGCCUGCAUCCUGACAGUAUUUAAAUUCUCGCAACAAAAAACUGAAAUGUAAGCUUAAUUUACAGAAGCGUGGAUUCGCGUUAUCUACGAAAUCGAUAGAUUUGUUAUUAUGCGUUAAAAAUAACUUAUUCGUCUAGGUUAUUCUUCUUGCUUUUUCAUUUUUAAAUGAUUUACGCAAAGAAAAAUAUAUCACGAUAGAUUUUUCGAAUAUAUUUGGUAAUGAUCUUUGUAGAUAACCGCAACAUUUUUUAUAUUACAAAGUGUAUCGAUUGUCGCUAGUCAAGCUCUUUCUACUUAUCGAGCCCUUUUUACACGAAAUAGCGCAUUUCAAAUGUUCAAAUGUUCAAAUGUUCAAAUGUUUAUUUGUUAUUAAGUAGUUGCCGAAGCAGAUUUUACACUACUCGCUAUUGUUCUCCGAUUCUAGUUUAAGAAAUCGUACCGAUCCGUCUUCGUGUCGCAAUUUCUAAACGUAGGUCCAUCUUAGCGAUUACCUAGCGAGCUUAAAUCAUAAUCGUACCAAUACAUAGAGGAAAGACAAGAAGAUAAAAAGGAAAGGCAAAGAUGCGGGUGCCUUUGAGAUCUUGUUCAAGCUAGUCGUAACAAUUAAUCCGUCAUAUGCAAGGAGUAUGUAAUAAAACUCCAGGAUUAAUUAUGUUCUCUUUUUUUUUUCUUGCUACAUACGAGAGAGUCAGACAUCGAAGAAGCCUUAUUAUACAUACAUUAAAUAAUGAAACGCAGAAGUAAUUAUAUAGGGCCAAGACUAAUAGGAUAUAAGUUUUUUAACGUCACGCUACUCAUGGUAGGAUGUAUAACUGUUCCGCGAGACAGUAAUUUGUACCCAAUUGUAGUUUUCGAAGAAACGCAUUAUUUCUAUUCGACUAUUGGACAGACAAUUGAUUCGUGGUUACCGACCCGUCCUUGAAUCAUCUUUGUACAGACUAUUUUCUCUUUUUUCUUUCCUUUCUUCAACUGCCUGCAACCACAUUAUACAAACAAUUCGAGGGACACCACGUUGGUCAUUAUUCGUCUGUAAUAUUUAUCCAACAGCGUCGAUGAUUCCUUCCUUCCGCAAUGCUGCAGUAACGAUAGAUAUAAAAAAAACUGGUCACGCAUUGUUAAGGAGUUGUGUAAAGUUAGUUUAGGAGAAUUGCUUAACGUGUUCACAUCCUUCAUAUCAUGUUUCCUUGAAGAAUUGUUUGUAGGUUGAUGUAAUAUAAUUUGUACUUUAUUUGGGGAAAGAUUGAUUAAUUACAUUUACUACUACACCAAGUUAUUGAAGCAACACGCUGAUGUGCAGAGAUGUAAAAUUGUUCGAAUACCUAUUUUAAAAAGAGUAACGAUACGACUUACGAAAAAUUUUUUCAUAAGAAAUAAAGUGUUAAAAAGAGAAGAAAAAUCAAACCGAAAAAUAUGUGAAGUUAUAAUUUAGUCUAAAAUACUCUAAUCAAAACGAUUAAUUGAAUUUGAAAAUAAGAGAGCACAAAUUUUGUUUCUUGAUGAAGAAUUCGUCAAGUAAUAAAAAUGAUGCACACUUGCAAGUAAUAAAGCUUGCGUAUUAGUAAAGUGAUUUAUUCAAUCUAAGAAUUGUAUAAAGAAAACUGUAUUUUACAGUGCAGAAUUGUAUAUUUCGUUGUAUAUUAUUUUCACUCGAUAAUUGUUAUGUAUUCAUACAGAUCUGUGUACUGUAUUUACGAUCUUAUAUGUAUUAAUUUAAACGUAAUUAAUAAAUAUUUCCAUUUCGUAAAAAA